AUGUUGUUAUGGUUAUUAUUGUUACUUUCUUUGCUUUUAUUCAUCAUCAAAUUCUACAAGUGGUGUUAUCAUCACUUGUAUCAACCCUACCUGGAUUGUCAAAUUCAUUUACAACAUGUGAAAAGUGUUACAUCCAUUCCGAAUAACCCCAAUGCUCUUCUUGAUACCGUCGUGAUUGCUGGUGGUAGCUUUGCUGGUCUCUCGACAGCCAUUGUUUUGAGUCCAUAUUUUAAACAAGUGAUUAUUGUGGAUCGAGGUCACAUGAUUGAGAAUGAAUCAAUAACAGACUCGAGACAGGGACAACAAGCACACGUGAUUGCUUAUCGAUCGUUAUUGAUUUGGGAUCGAUUGUUUCCUGGAUUUUUGAAGGAAUUGGAGGAAUUGGUGAAAACGAACAAAUUGUGUCAAUUUGUAGCUCCAAACAAGGAAUUGAAAUAUGACUAUAAGGGAAUGAAUAUUUCAGACACUUCUGCCAUGAGAAAGAAUCCAAUGGUUGUUGCCACGAGAGGUCAAGUUGAAACAGUAUUAAGAAAUCGAGUGCGUUCCGAAUUAGGAAAUGUGAAAAUCUAUGAAGGUUAUUCCAUCGCUUCACAAGGUGUUCAUUAUGAAAAGAAGGGAAAUGUUUUGAAAAUUACCUCCAUCACUGCCACAAAAAUUGGUGCUAAUAAUGAGGAUGAGCAAUCAAACUCUGUCACAUUCCCUUGUGAUUUAUUUGUGAAUUGUGCUGGAGCUGGAUCUCAUCAUUUAUUGAAACACAUUGAAAAGGAUUUGCUUUCUCAACAACAGAACCAACAUUCAACAUCCUCUCAGACGAGUCUCCUCACUCAUUCACGUAUUGAUUGUAAAAUUCGAUAUCAAACCAUUCUAUUCGAACCCAAAGAAGGAAUUCUAGAUCAAGAUGGAAAAAUUGCACUCAAUACGGUCGAGAAAGUGGUCAAUCAAAAUCGAAAAUUAGGAGAUAUUUUCACAAUUGUGUAUCACAUGUUGUCAUAUCCGAGACGAAGAGGAUUUUUGGCCAUGCCUUAUUCCAAUCAUCAAUAUCUUAUUCUCAUUGCAACUUAUAAUCAAAAGAUGGAUCCCAUUGAUGAAGAAAAUGCAAAAGAACGAGUCAUUGAAUUUGCACAACAAGCAAGUUCAGAAAAUCCAUUACUUGAAAAGGAUGUUCGACAAGUCAUGUCAAAAUUCAAAGAUCGUGCCGUUCGAGUCAUUCCACUCUAUGAAAAAAGUGGAAGUGAAUUUGUUCAUUAUGAACAUUUAAAGAACAAUUUGGAAGGAUUUUUAGCCAUUGGUGACUCGGUCGCAAGUUUGAAUCCCAUUUAUGGACAAGGUGUGACCAUGGCUGCUGAAUCUGCCUUACUUGUUCAAGACAUGAUUCAAAAAGAAUUACAAAAGAAAACGAAUGAGAAUGAGACCUCACUCUUUCAAGCUUCGUUCUGUUCUCGAGUUCAGGAUGCACUUUCCAAGUCCUAUUUCAUUCCAUGGCUUCUCUGCUCAACGACGGAUUUGAGUUAUGAUUUUGCAAAUUUCACACCGGAUUUGAAAUUCCAACAUUGGAUCUCUCCCAUCAUGUGUUGGUUAUUGGAUCGAUUGUUUCAAUCGGCGAGUCAAUAUUCAUGGGCUACCGAAUACUUGUUACGAGUGAUAUUGAUGGAACAAGGUUUUCGAAAGGAAUUGAUGAAUCCAGUGUGGAUGUUUGGAUACUUGUUUUGGAAAGAAACAUUGGCUAUUGUGUGUGGAGUCGUGGCAACCAUGUAUUGGAUGUAUUCAUACAGUCUUUUUUAA